UGUAAAUCAACAGCUUGAAGAGAAAAAGAUGUUUAUUUGAUAUAAUAUGUUUCAGUGAUAUCGUGCUUGUCAUGUGGGAUCGACAACUCGCCGAUAUCUCGCGUGUACGAGGGCAGAGCCCAGAUAGAAACUUAUCCAUGGCUUGGAAUACUGUUCUAUCCUUAUCGAGAUAAGAAGUUCACGACUGGCGUGGUUCUCGUCACCAGACAGAUAGUGCUGGCAGCCGCUUCCGAAAUCGACAAAAUGCCUAAAGAGGAUUUUAGGUCUGUAGCACAAGUGGUGGUCGGCUCCAACUGUAGCGGCCCAAGUCUUGGCAUCCGCGACUACUCCUACCAUCCGGACUACUCCAGGGAUACCUUCAGUACGCUCGCCAUGAUUCAGUUGGAGACAGACACCGUCACAGUUCUGCUGAGACCAAUUUGCCCUCCACCACCACAUUUCAAGAAUCAGCAUUUCUUUGCUAUGGUUUUAUCUGACAAUUGUAGAAGGUCUAAACUGAGAGUCCACAAGAUGAGAUAUGUGUCACCAGAAAACUGCAAGUUAUAUUACAGGAGAACAGGGCUGGACGUGGAUACGAUGUGGCCAUCUCACACGGCGUGCGCUCGAAGCAUUGCGGGCGGUUGGUGUGUGUGGCGUAGUGGAGCCAUUCUGGUCGUCAAAGUCGGCAAGCGAUGGAGACUGGUAUAGUUUCUAUAUCUGUUCUUCUUCUGGCUAUAGUUAUCGGCACGAAUCUGAGCUCUACAUCUGCGCAGAAGUGAUUUAUUAGCAAAGAACCAAUCCCGAGUGACGGCUAUGACGCGAUGCACUGCGGGCCAAUCACCGCCUUAGCCCGCUCCCGCGUCUCACUUCAUACCACAAAAGGGACCCAAAAAAUGACUUCUGCGCAGGUGAAGGUCAGAGCUCAAGAUUCGUGCCGGUAACUAUA